ACAUUGGGAAUCAAACCAUGAGAUCAAUAUAAUUUUCCCAAGUACGUACUUAUUUAUUGCAAAAUGCCUCUAUCUUAUUGUCCGUUGGCUACUACAUUUCUUCAUUUUCUUUGACUUAAAAGCCACUAUAUAAAUCUUGUAUCCACCACAAUUAAGAAAUUGCAGAGCAAACUUCUAAGCUAGAGAUGGAAAUUUCAGAGCAGACGGUCAAAAUCCCAGAGGCAAGUCUCGGCUUAGCCGGCGGCAAAACAAUUCCUCUGAUAGGAUUUGGAACAGCCGACUUUCCAUUUGGCGAUCGACCGGAAGCCAUUAAAGAAGCAGUCCUCCACGCAAUCGAGCUUGGCUACAACCAUUUCGACACGGCCGCUGUUUACCAGUCAGAGCAGCCACUCGGAGAAGCCAUUAAUGAAGCUUUACACCGUGGCUUAAUUCAGUCCCGAGACCAACUCUUUAUCACUUCAAAGCUCUCGACUGCCGAUGCCCACCACCACCUCGUCGUUCCUGCUCUUCAAACAACUCUAAGGAAUCUUGGUAUGGAAUACGUGGAUCUGUACUUGAUUCAUUUUCCGGUGAGCUUGAAGGAGGGAGCUAAAUACCCAUUUGGUAAAGAUGAAAUUGUAGGGAUGGAUUUUAAGUCUGUUUGGGAGAAAAUGGAAGAAUGUCAAAAACUGGGUCUGACAAAAUCUAUUGGAGUUAGCAACUUCACAUGCAAGAAACUAGACAAGCUUCUCAGUUCUGCAACAAUCCCUCCGGCUGUUAAUCAAGUGGAGAUGAACCCACUAUGGCAGCAGAAGAAACUGAAAGAAUUCUGCGAGGAGAAGGGAAUACACAUAACAGCAUACUCUCCGCUGGGAGCCAAAGGAACGCCGUGGGGAAACCAGCGGCUCAUGGAAUCUGAACAGCGGCUUCAAAAAAUCGCUUCUACUAGAGGAAAAACUGUAGCUCAGGUACAUGUUUUUCCAUAAAAAUUUAUUAAUUUAACAAAAAAAAACAAAAGAACAUAAUAUGGAUAAAACAAAAAUAAAUUAUGUUUUUCUAUACAAAAUUUUCAUAUAAAAAACAAAAAAUCUAUAUUAAACUUGUAAAGAAAGUAAAUAAAAUGACAAUUUUUGGACACAUAUAUAUAUAUAUAUAUACAUAUAUGCGUGUGUGUGUGUGUGGUAUGGGACUACCAAUAAUUUAAAAUAUAUUAUUCAUUUAAUUUUGUAUCAAAUAUAUUAUGUGGUUAAUUUGGAACGGCAGAAGAAUCUUUCUACCCAUACCAAGAUCUGGAAAUUUUGCUCAUCCUACAAAUUUGAAAGUGAAGGAAAAGGAAGCCUUUGUUGUAUUCUGUCAUAUCGAUAAAUAUAUAUAUAUAUAUAUAUACAAAAUUAAUAGGAGAAUUAGAUUCGAAGAUUAGAUAUGUGAUUUAAUAUUAUAUUAAAUAAAAUUGAAUUAUAAUUUAUGCUGAUACAUGUGAUAAUCCACCAAUAAACUUAUAUUCCAACAAUUAAUAAUUUCAAGUCGUUGCGAAACUUUCGUUAAUUAGAGUAAUUGAAGUUGGGGACUGGUGACUUGUGACUCGAUUAAGUAGUCAAAGCCGGCAACAAAAUUUUUAUUAAUAAUAUAGUAAUUUAUGUAUGUAUAUCAUUUAUUAAUAAAUAUAUAUUUUUAAUUUAAAAAAAAAAAAAAAAA